AUGAAGUCACGCUUUCGUGCUCGCCGCCAGCGAUACAACCUCAUUGAUGCAGCCCUGGAGUUCCUCGACAUGACGCGAGACGUUAACCGCCGUCGAUUCUUGCAAGAUGCGGCCCUCUUCACCGCCGGCGCCGCGGCCGUGGGAACCUGGCGCACGCCACAAACCUUUGCAGAAGACAACGAGAACCCCUCUGCGGCCGAUACGGUAGUGCUCGGGAUCAUUGGCACCGGAGGUCGCGGUACCACGCUGGCCAAAGAAUUCGCCGGGUUGCCAGGCGCGGAGGUGGCGUACGUUUGCGACGUUGACAGCAAGCGAAUGGCGGAAGCCGCUUCGGCGACUGCGGAGAAACAAUCGCGAACGCCCGAGCAAGUGGGCGACCUGCGGAAGAUUCUCGACGACGAUGCGAUCGAUGGUGUGGUGAUUGCCGCACCCGACCAUUGGCAUGCCCCGGCCGCCAUCAUGGCCUGCGCCGCAGGGAAGCAUGUGUAUGUCGAGAAACCGGUUUCGCAUAAUCCGCACGAAGGUGAGUUACUCAUCGACGCGGCACGGAAGCACAAUCGAGUUGUGCAAGUGGGCACCCAACGGCGCAGUUCGCCAGGCGUGGCCGAAGGUGUGAAGCGUGUUCGUGAUGGCGAGAUCGGUACCGUGCGAUUCGCCCGAGCUUGGAUCAACAGCCAACGCCCCAACAUCGGUCAUGGUAAAGAAGCACCCGUGCCCGGAUGGUUGGACUACGCACUGUGGCAAGGGCCUGCGCCGGAAGAGGCGUAUCGCGAUAACGUCAUUCACUACAACUGGCACUGGUUUUGGAACUGGGGCACGGGCGAGAUUGGCAACAAUGGCAUUCACGCCUUGGAUGUUUGCCGCUGGGGGUUGGACGUCGGCCUGCCGAAUCGCGUGACGUGCAGCGGUGGCAAGCUGUUCUUCGAUGACGAUCAGCAAACGCCCGACACCCAGAUCGCCACGUUUGUGUACUCGGCCGAUGAAGCGGCCGGGGCCCCGCUCGAUCGGGCGAUUCACUGGGAGCAUCGCACCUGGCACCGCCGCGGGUUCGAGGGCGAGACCUUCGGCAUUCAGUUCUAUGGCGACCAGGGCUCGCUGCUGAUCGCCUCGAACGACUACCGGGUGUUCGACAUGCAGGGUAAAGAACUCGACCGGCAGUCGAUCACGCGAGGUGAGUUCGAACACCUGCACGAUUACCUCGACGCCGUGCGUAGCGACCGCAAGCCCAACGCCGACGUGCAGAUCGGCGUCGACAGUACCCUGCUCUGCCAUCUGGGCAACAUCGCCUACCGCACCGGCAGCACCGUCGACUUCAACCCGACCGAACGCCACAUCAUCAACAACCCGGCCGGCGAAGAACUGUGGAAGCGAGAGUACCGCGACGGUUGGGUUUGCUUGCAUUUCUGCUGCGAGCAAUUGCAACGGUGUUCGCACGCGUUACAGCAGGUGCUCGACUGCUUGCAAUGUUGCUUCGUGGUGCUGCAGCCAGCGAGUGAGAUGGCGACCAGCGCGAUUGCCAGCAGGUUGCCGAAGCGGCGCAUGACAAGCUCCUGA